AUGGAGCUUAUCCUGCUCAACCGCGAGUGUCUCCUGCACCUUUUCUCCUUCCUGGAUAAGGACAGCCGUAGGAGUUUGUCUCUCACCUGCAUAGCGCUGCGGGAUGUCUUCCUGGACCCCCGCCUGUGGCGUCUGCUCAGCUUCAGCUCACUCUCGCAGCUGAGGAGAGACAACUUUGUACUUGGACCUUCUUUGCGUCACCUGUCCAUCUGCUGGUACUCCAGCAGAGUGCUGCAGGUGUGCAACAUUGAGGACUGGAUGAAGAGCUCCUUUCAGAAGGACAUCUGCAGCAAACAUGACACACUGGUCAGCACCUUCCUGGCUCGUGUCUGUCGCACGUGCCCUAACCUGCUAUCCUUGAAGCUCUCGGGCUGCGGACACAUCACAGAUCAAGACGUGAUCCUCCUGCUGGAGAAGUGCAGGAAGUUGCAUCACCUUCACCUAGAGAACUGCGCCCGCAUCACAGACCGUUUACUGGACCGGGCGGUGGCUCACGGUACCAGUCUUGAGGAGGUCAAAGUUGACUUUUGCAGGAACAUCACAAAAGAGGGGCUGAGGUUUGUGCGAGAGAAGAAGCCAGAGUUAAAACUAAGUGCAGUGAGGAGUGCAGACAUGAUCCCAGAUAGUAAACCUGAGGAGAAGGUGCCACUCAGAAGGACCUUGCAGAAACUCCUGGAGUUCUCCUGA